AUGGCUCAAGUUUUUAAUAAUUCACGUUCUGAUACUUUAUUUUUGGGUGGUCAAAAAGUCAGUGGUGAAGACAUCCGUAACCAAAAUGUCUUAGCUGCAAUGGCUGUGGCAAAUGUUGUCAAAUCAUCUCUAGGUCCAGUUGGUUUGGAUAAGAUGCUAGUAGAUGAUAUUGGUGAUUUCACUGUUACCAAUGACGGUGCUACUAUUUUGUCUUUAUUAGAUGUUCAACAUCCAGCAGGAAAAAUUUUAGUUGAAUUGGCUCAACAACAAGAUCGUGAAAUUGGUGAUGGUACAACUUCUGUAGUCAUAAUUGCCUCUGAACUAUUGAAAAGGGCAAAUGAACUAGUUAAGAAUAAAAUUCAUCCAACUACUAUUAUCACAGGUUUCAGAGUUGCAUUGAGAGAAGCUAUUCAUUAUAUCAAUGAAGUUUUGUCUAUGAGUGUCGAUUCCUUAGGUAAGGAAACUUUAGUUAAUAUUGCAAAGACAAGUAUGUCUUCUAAGAUUAUUGGCGCAGACUCUGAAUUUUUCAGUAACUUAGUAGUUGAUGCUAUUUUGGCUGUCAAGACUCAAAACUCUAAAGGUGAAAUUAAGUAUCCAGUCAAAGCGGUAAACAUUUUGAAGGCCCAUGGUAAGUCAUCUAAAGAAUCUGUUUUAGUUCAAGGUUACGCAUUGAAUUGUACUGUUGCAUCUCAAGCUAUGCCAAAGAGAAUUGCUACCGGUAGCGUAAAAAUUGCAUGUUUGGAUAUAAAUUUACAAAAGGCCCGUAUGGCCAUGGGUGUACAAAUUAACAUCGAUGAUCCAGAACAAUUAGAAGAAAUUCGUAAGCGUGAAGCAGGUAUUGUAUUGGAAAGAGUCAGAAAAAUCAUCAACGCUGGUGCCCAAGUGGUUUUAACUACUAAAGGUAUUGAUGAUUUAUGCUUAAAAGAAUUUGUUGAAGCUAAUAUCAUGGCUGUUAGAAGAUGUAAGAAGGAAGACUUAAGAAGAAUUGCUCGUGCUACUGGUGCUACAUUAGUUAACUCUAUGUCCAAUUUAGAAGGUGACGAAACCUUUGAAGCUAGUUAUCUGGGAACAUGCCAAGAAGUUGUUCAAGCCAAAUUUUCGGACGAUGAAUGUAUUCUAAUCAAGGGUACUUCUAAACAUUCAUCUUCAUCUGUUAUUUUACGUGGUCCAAAUGAUUACUCAUUAGAUGAAAUGGAACGUUCCUUACAUGACUCAUUAUGUGUAGUUAAGAGAACCCUGGAAAGUGGUAAUGUCGUUCCAGGUGGUGGUUGUGUUGAAACAGCACUAAACAUUUACUUAGAUAAUUUUGCUACUACUGUUGGAUCUCGUGAACAAUUAGCUAUUGCCGAAUUUGCCUCAGCUUUAUUAAUUAUUCCAAAGACUUUAGCUGUCAACGCGGCCAAGGAUUCAAGUGAAUUAAUUGCUAAAUUGAGAUCAUAUCAUGCCGCCAGCCAACAAGCUAAGCCAGAAGAUGCCAAGAGAAAGAACUACAGAAACUAUGGUUUAGAUCUGAUAAAGGGUAAGAUAGUGGAUGAAGUUAGUACUGGUGUAUUAGAACCUACUAUUAGUAAAGUUAAAUCUUUGAAGUCAGCCCUUGAGGCCUGUAUUGCAAUCUUAAGAAUCGAUACAAUGAUCACUGUUGAUCCUGAACCUCCAAAGGAAGAUCCACAUGAUCAUUAA